AUGGCGUUAAGAACCAGUAGUAGUCUUAGUAGUAGUAAUAGUAGCAUCCACUCCAAUGCUUCUUCCCGCGCAAACAUUCGCGCCAGCUGCUAUGCCGUAAACGCGUCGACUGCGAGCCUUCAGGGCUUCCACUACUCCACUACGGGGGGAAUACCAUCACCCCCUUCAAGUCCGCCCCUCGCCGCCAGACACUCAUCCAUCAUCAAGGGUGGGUUGGCGCGCAGGGGGGCGGCUGCAUACACUAUUACGGAAGAGUGUGAGAGACUUUUCUGCGAGACACUACGGUCUGUUUUCCUGGGUGAGGGGAACCAGUGCCGCCAGGACUCGCUUGUAAUGGGUAUGCAUAAUAGCAUCAUGCCAAUAUACGACAACGACUACGGCGUCGCCGUUCGCCGAUAUUCCAACGCCAGCUCCGAGUGCUCCAUGGUCUCCUCCUCUCUCGAGGCGGAAGAAAAGGGGUAUUUUAAGAGCAAGGGUGCCAUCACAAAUUGGAUUGAGAUGUGGGAUUACGUGGGUGGAAUUCGCUUCCGUGGUUUCGUGGCGGACAAGAAUGGUGAAAAGGCCAUGUUUGUGUUCUUUGAUCAGUCUGUCAUCAUGGGAGACUUGAAGGCUGGGCUCACGGCCCUCCUCGAACUUUGCGAAGUCGACUAUUUCUCCUGCAGCCGCCUCGUUGUCUGUAUCGACCGUCACACUGAGCCGACGGCUAGGAAUACCUUAACAAAGGAUCUUGGCUGGAUCGGUUUCAGCCUGAAUACUCUGAACGAGUUUGCAGACGGCGGUGAGCUGUUGAGUGACAAGUGGCUGUUCAUGGACAUGGAGACUUGA